AAAAAUUGUUCUAGAGAACAUGAGGAGCUACUUGAAGCCCAUCUUCAUCUGCAGCCUGGUAGCCAUCACCUGCUUCCUAAUUUACCUCAACCAGUACUACAGCUGGGAGCAGGGCAUUGUUCUAAGCAUGAAAAACGAAGGACCACCAACACAAUGGGACGAUCCUGGACCGUACCAUGUGGCUUACCCGCGAAACUACAAGUUCAUCAUGGAUGGCACCAAGGCCUGUAAGGUCACAAUCCCUUUUGUGGUAUUGAUGGUUCCAGUGGCACCUAAUAAUGUGGAAGCUCGGGACAUUAUCCGAAGGACGUGGGGCAAAGAGGCAUUGGUUGAGGGCCAGUUGGUCCAGACUCUGUUCGUGCUGGGAUUCCAUGGAGGAGCUGAUGCUGACUCAGAGCAGGAGAUGCUGAGGCAGGAGAACCUGCGGCAUCGUGACAUGAUCCAGAGCAACUUCCAGGACAGUUACCACAACCUGACCAUCAAGACCAUGGUGAUGUUGGAGUGGCUGGCUGCUCACUGCGUUAAGGCCUCCUACGUCAUGAAGAUCGACGCCGAUGUCUUCCUCAAUGUCAAAAAUUUGGUGAAGCUAUUAUUGGAUUUUAACACUCCCAAGGAAAACUUCAUGACGGGAUUGGUGUGGUGGCACAGCCCAGUUAUGAGAAACCCAUUCAACAAGUUCUACAUGCCAAACUAUGUGAUUGCAGAGUCUGAGUACCCCCCAUAUCCACUGGGCAUGGCCUACAUUAUGUCCCUGGACCUUCCUCUUAAGAUCUUGAAUGUGUCCAGGCUAAUUAAACCCAUCUACAUUGAAGAUGCCUACUUGGGUAUGUGCUUGAAACACUUGCAUAUUUCUCCCUCUGAUCCUCCUGAAAAGUCAAUGUUUCUUGUUGACCCCUCCCAUCCUCUGAGCAGCUGCAGCCUGUCAAAAGUAAUCGCCAUGACGACAACAAGCGUCUCACAAAUGAUGAGUUAUUGGCAGAAGAGCAAGGAGCCUGGAAAUAUAUGUUGAUAUUUAUCAGGGAACAGCCAUUUAUAUGGUGAAAUGUCAAAACCAAAUAAUUUAAUUUAACUGUGACAAAUACUGAUUAAUUCCUGGGGAAAAGUAAAUCUGAGCUGGGACAAAACAGGAAAAAAAAAAAAAAAAAAAUAUA